CGUCAGUCCGUCAGCGGGUCAGUCAGGGAGGGCGCGUGUCCCGAAGGGGCCGGUAGUAGAGCCGAGGUUAGAGAGAGCGCGCCUGCCGCCAUGAAGAAGAGCGUGCCGGGCGGCUCGGGCCGCCUGACCGCAGGCUGUUUGCCCGUACCUCUGUUCAAUCAGAAAAGGGCUCGGCAGCCCUUCAUGUCCAGCCCAGAGGCCACAUCUGACAAUCAGGAUUUUCCUCCUCUGCCAACAGAUUUCGUCUGGGAAAUGCCAAAGCCCGAGGUGCCGCUGCUAAAGAAAACGAUGAAUUCUGGGCAACAGUCGCCUACCGUUCCUCAUCUAAAGCAAGAGAGUCAGUUUAAGCCAGACCCACUGGAUGUCUCAAGAAGUCACAAUUGGAGUAGUUGGAGCUACAGAGAAGACAGUUCAAAGGCUUGGGACAGAAAUGAGUUUACACCUCAGACGAAAAGCUCAUGUUCGGUGGCUGACAGUGGGCCCCGUCCUGGUCUGGGGACCAUGGAAAUGAACCAGAAACUGAGACAGUCGGAGCGUGCUCAGGUGGAAGUCCAAAGAGCCGUGGGCUCUCUGAGGAUGGCGGGUGCCCAAGGACUGGGGAACAGCAGCAGAGCAUUGCAGGUGGCGAAAUGCAAUUCUCAACAAAGUCAGCUGAAGAGAAAAACGUUUGGUAAUGGUCUGGAGGAAAAAGCCAUUAAGGAAGCACCAGUGUGCCCGCUUAUGCUGAAGGGAGACAACUCUUCUCUUAGAAUUCUCCCCGCCGUCAUUGAGAGUAUGAAACACUGGAAGGAGCGCAUGCCACACUGCCCACUGCUCUUCGAAGUGUUAGCGGUUCUUGACUCAGCUGUUACGCCAGGUGCACAUGGUGCCAAGACCUUUCUUCUGAGAGAUGGAAAGAACACUGUGCCUAGCGUAUUUUACGAAAUUGACCGUGAGCUGCCAAGGCUGAUUCGAGGGCGAGUUCAUCGGUGUGUGGGCAGCUAUGACCAGAAGAGGGGCCUGUUCAGGUGUGUGUCUGUCAGACCUGCGUCAGCUUCUGAACAAAAGACAUUCGGAGAGUUCGUCAGAAAUGCAGACUCCCGGAUGUCCUGUUACAUCAGUGCUAGGAAUGAAAUGUAAGCCAGCAGCUACUUGUCACUCCAGGCUCAGGUCUUGCAAGCUUAGGCCUCGAACGUCUUCAGGCAUUUCAGAUUCCGGAAUGCUGUUAUUAAGCACUUCUAAAUUAUUUCAAUGUUGGAUUUUUAAGGGUUUUUGUCACUUUUUACAGAGCUAGGUUUGGACCAGGUUAGACUGUUUAUAGUUGUAUUAUCUUUGGUAAAU